AAUAAUAACUAAAUAAAUUGCUGUCAAGCAAAGCAUGGCUUGCAUGUACUUCGCUAACGCCAUGUCGUUCCGGCCAGUCCGAUUCCCCGGCGCCGGAAAUUACCAGAAGCCAACCAAUUUUCUCGCCAGAAGGAAGUCGGUCUCCUGCGCGGGAAGUUCUCCGGAAAUCGAGCUCGAAUUCAUAGCGCCGAAGCCGGCGAACGACGGGUCGUAUGCGGUGGAGAAGGCGACGGCGAUUAGUGGAGAGAAGCUCCUGAGGAGCAUAAUGUCGGAUAACAAGAUCGAGCUUUACGCCACAUAUGGGAAACUGAUGAACUGUGGAGGUGGAGGAAGCUGUGGGACUUGCAUUGUAGAGAUUAUUGAUGGGAAGGAUCUUUUGAAUGAAAGAACGAAUACUGAACUCAAAUAUUUGAAAAAGAAACCUGAAUCUUGGAGACUAGCUUGCCAAACUAUAGUGGGAAAUAAAGAAAAUUCUGGGAAGGUUCUUGUUCAGAGGAUUCCCCAGUGGAAAAAGUAACCGAGUAUCAUGCCAUUGUUAUAAUUAAUUACACCUUAAUUAUGGUAAAAUGCUUUAGCCUGGAAUGCAAAUGUUCUCAUACAUAUGUUAUUGGUUACUCCAUUGAGUACCAACAUAUAUAACAGAAUUAGUGUUCUUGUUUGAAGGUCUGUAUCACUAUUACGUACAAUACCAUUUGUAGACAUCUAUAAGACUAUAUCAUCAUCUGUCACUACAAAAUGUAUUGUAAUCCAUGAUCUCGAAAGCUCUAUUUGAACUGCAA